GCUCGACAUGCUCAGUGCCGAGAUGGACGAGUUGCAUUCCCGCAUGAGAGAUGGUGCAGGUGUGCCAGCGUCCAACGCCAAGCUCCAGGAGUGGCAGAUGGCUCCGUGCGCAGGCGACGCAGCCAACGGAUCCUACGAGACGCAGGCCAUGCCAGGACCGCGAUCUGCAGGCCUAGCCCAGUCACCUUUGCGCACGGCCGUGGGCUGA